AUGUCGAACACAUCUUUAACAAAUACAUCAGCAGACCCGAUCAUCGUUACACUCGAUCUUAUUCAAUUGAAUAUGGGUCGUUAUUUAUAUCCAAUUAUUUUUAGUCUUGGAAAUAUUGGAUCAAUUCUCAAUAUUGUAAUUUUAACUCAACGAGUUUAUCUUCAAAAUUCAUGCUCAUGUUAUAUUCUUGUUUCAUCAGUUAUUAAUUUAUUCAUUGUCAAUAUUAUAAUUUUUUUUCAUAUGUUGGCAUUUGGUUUCAAUAUUGAUCCAACAACAACAUCUUUAUUUUUCUGUAAAUUUCGACAAUAUAUUUCUCAUGUUACUACAUUGCUAUCAAGAAUUUAUAUUGUAUUAGCAUGUAUAGAUCGAUGGGCAAUGACUUCGACAAAUGUCAAACGCCGAGCUUUUAGUCGAGUAAAAGUUGCAAAAAUAAUCAUACCUUCAGUGGGCAUUGGCCGAUGCACCGUAGUACUACGCGUUUAUUCGAUAUACUACAAUAUUUAUAAUACAAUUUUAUCCGGCUUUUUGACGCCAAUUAUAAUGAUUGUCUUUGGUUUUUUAACUAUUCGAAAUAUUCAGCUGAGUCGACAACGUGUUAAUGCUCAAGUCAAUGUGAAACAAAUACUUGCCAAUCAACGACAAAGCAAAACCAAUACAAAAUCUAGAGAAUAUGAAAUACUUAUCAUGAUACUUAUCCAAUUAGGAGUUUAUCUUAUUACAUGUUUACCUUUUCCCAUGUAUUUAGUUUAUUCAACUGUUACAAUGCAAUGGACAAAAUCAAAUGUUCAAUUAGCUCUCGACAGAUUUUACGCCAACAUUGCUUUUGCAUUAACUAAUAUUAAUUUUAGUGCAACAUUUUAUAUAUAUGUAUUGACAACUCGUGUUUUUCGAAAAGAUUUAAAACGAAUAUUAGUAGAAAGACGAUUAUUUAAGAUUUGUUUUGAUACUCAAUUCGUUCCACCUAUUAUGAGAACAACCAAUGGUACAAUUCGAACCGUUGCAAUUGUCAUGAAUCAACCAAAGUCACGUAAUAUUCAGUCACGAAAAUACUGA